ACCCUCACCCUCCCAAUCCCUCUUCUUCCCCUUCUUUUUUUCUCUUUCUUUCUUUCGGGUUCGGUGGAAACCCAGCCUUGCUGGGUUCGUCGACCAGCCAAGGCUGGGUUCAUCGAAACCCAGCAGAUCUGGGUUUCGACGAACCCAGCAAGGGUUAUUUUGAUUUGGUAAGAUCUGCCAGGUUUGAGGUUUCAAUGAAACCCAGUAGCUCAAGUUUCCCGAGAAAAGAGAAGAAGAAGAAAUGGGUGGGUUAAGAUCGGUUUUGUAGAUGGAGCGGAGAUGAGAGAGUAUUCACGGAAGAAGAAGAAAUGGGUUAAAAUCGAUUUUGCAGAUGGAGUGGAGACAAGAGAGCAUUCAGAGAAUAAGAAGAAAUGGGUUAAGAUCGAUGAUGGUGAAGAUUAGAGACCAGUUUACAGGUAACUGGAAUCCAUGGGAGGGGUUUUGCGUGAAGAAGAUGAAGAUGACAUAUCAUAAAAAUAAAAAAAAAAGUCCAGA